ACAUGUGAAAUGUGAAAAAAGUAUGAAAUAUUUGGUUUAAUUAUUACUUCAGAAUCGACUGAAUAAUGUACUUUGGAAAAAAUAUUGUUAGAUAUCUAACGUGUGCAUACUCUUUGAAGAUCUGAGUGAUUUUAUUGGGUCUUGAGAAGUAAAUGAAAGGACAAGAAAUAAGAGAAUCUUCUAAUAUCUGCUGCGCCUGCGACAUUGUUGCCUGUUUCAGCUAUCAGAUAUACACUUAGGAAUCUGUGUCUUUUAAUAGGAUGAUGUUCUUUUUCUCAGCAGCUGGCUUUGUGCAGCAAUGACAUGCCUACUAGAAACAUUUUCUUCAACUUGUGCAAUAGAAUCUGUUGAUUCAGUCUUGGCAUUUCACUCCAUGCUUCUUGCUGGCAGUCAGGGAUAACUCUCUUCUACCACUCCAGUUAUCUGAUCAAACAUGAUUUUGAUGAAUUUUGGGCCCUCUUCUACUAAGAAUCUCUGUGAUACAAGUAGGCCUUUGAAGAGACUUGCUGUCACCUUACUGUUUAUGGAUCAGACCUUGAUGCCUAAAGAUGAAUCUGUAGAGAAAACUUUAGUCUGAGCUCCACUUGCAGAAGUUACUGCCAGAGACCGCCAUGAACUCCCUGUCAGGCAUUAACACUCGCUAGCACGUGGGUGCUCUUAAAGACUUGGAUCAUCCAUGUACUCAGGGAUGCCUUUUUGUUUCAGCAGCGACAACAGUUUAAGACCUGACCCCCAACCAAUGCCAGGAGCUGAGCCAUCACUAAUGCAGUGGGAGGAGGCCCAAGCAUAACACGAGAUGGCAGCAGCAUAAAGUACAAGGACAAAGAAAUUUGCAUCCACAUUCAGUUACAUUCAAAAUGUUGUGUGUUGGGAAAAAGUCUUACUUUGUUGCUGUCGUGUGCAUAAUUACUCUGACUUCAAUGGUCACACUUUCUUAUAUUAGGUUUGAGAGACUUUCUCAUCUGCCAAAAAUAGUUCAAGAAGGUAACAAGUGUAGAGGGAAAAUUACAAGUAACACAAUAACAUCAUUAAACGAUAACAGAACUUUUAUUAUAUCCCCAUACUUUGAUGACAGAGAAAGCAAAGUCACUCGUGUGAUUGGGAUUGUUCACCAUCAAGAUGUAAAACAACUGUACUGCUGGUUCUGCUGUCAGCCUGAUGGAAAGAUAUAUGUAGCAAAAGCAAAAAUUGAUGUUCACUCGGAUAGAUUUGGGUUCCCUUAUGGUGCAGCAGAUAUAGUUUGUUUGGAACCUGAAAACUGUGAUCCAACACAUGUAGCAAUUCACGAGUCUCCCUACGGAAAUAUUGACCAGCUGCCUCGGUUUGAAAUUAAAAACCGCAAGGCUGAGCCCUUCUCUGUUAACUUCACUGUUUGCAUCUCCACCAUGUUCGGAAAUUACAACAAUGUCUUGCAGUUUAUACAGAGCAUGGAAAUGUACAAGAUCCUCGGGGCACAGAAAGUGGUGAUCUAUAAGAACAACUGCAGCCAUCUGAUGGAGAAAAUCUUGAAGUUUUAUGUGGAAGAAGGAACUGCAGAGAUAAUUCCCUGGCCAAUAGACUCCCACCUUAAGGUUUCUUCUGAAUGGCACUUCAUGCAAGAUGGAACGCACAUUGGCUACUACGGACAGAUCACAGCUCUAAAUGACUGUGUAUACCGUAACAUGCAGAGAAGCAAGUUUGUGGUUCUCAAUGAUGCUGAUGAAGUAAUUCUUCCCUUUAAGCACCCAGACUGGAACACAAUGAUGAGCAGUCUGCAGGAGCAACACCCAGGCCCUGGCGUUUUCCUCUUUGAGAACCAUAUCUUCCCCAAAACCGUGUCCACUCAUGUGUUCAACAUUUCAUCCUGGAAUACUGUGCCGGGUGCUAACAUAUUACAGCAUGUUCACAGAGAGCCUGACAGGAAAGAUGUAAUCAAUCCUAGGAAAAUGAUAAUUGAUCCACGAAAGGUGUUUCAGACUUCUGUCCACUCUGUCCUCCGUGCUUAUGGGGACAGUGUGUAUGUUCCCAUGGAUGUUGCACUCAUUUAUCACUGUCGGUUACCUCUUCAAGGAAACCUUCCCAGAGAAUCCCUCAUCAGGGACACAACAUUGUGGAGAUACAACUCAUCAUUAAUCAGGAAUGUUAACGAGGUGCUAUAUCAAACCAUACUGUAAGCUCAAAAGCAAACUCGUUUGUAAGGAGGAAAAGUGGAGAGCUACCCGGAUCAUGGGGAGGCAGAGGAUAUAAUUUAAAGAUCGCAUUAAAAUCACUUCCACGUGAUUUGCAUCUUACGGAGAUGUAGGAAAUCAGCCCUUUUAUGUACUGUGCAUAUGAUUUGUGAACUGAGACACAGUAUCUUGUAAGUGUCCACAGUGCCUGUUAAGCAUUGGAUUCCUCAGGUAAAUGCUUUACUGCAGCUUUGUUAGAUGAGAGCUGAGGCAUAGGGAGAAGGUAGCUCUUUUACAGGGAUACAACUAUGAAAGUCCAUUAUUCAAGGCCUAGGAAGUGACCUUGCUGAAAUUGGAAUGUUGAUGUCGAUGCAAGCUACCUGAAGGAACGUAUUUUUUCUUUUGUUAUUUGUAUCUCUGAAGUACUUGGUGGAUAAAAAAAUACAACUGUGCUUAGUGGUGCCUCUUAAAAGAUGUUUUGCGACAGUGUCUUCCAGGUGAAGAGCUGUAUUGGCAUUAACUCAUGAUAAUGCACGAUAAUCACAGAGGCAGUGUAAGAAAACACACCAGCUGUAGCACUGGAACUAUCACAUGUUAGAGGUAUUUUUUCUUAAGGGAAAUGAGGAUUUAUAGCAGAGCUAUGAAUUAUUUAAUGAUAUCAAGGAUCAAUGCAGAUGGUACUAGUUCUGGAAAAUGUAAAAUUAAUUUGUUUUCAAUUAAAGAAAAAUCAGUGUUUCUCAACUGAUUCAAGUAAUACAAAAGGCUGCACAUGGUUUUCAACCUAUGUACAAAAGAUACAACUACAGUCAUUAAAAGCCAUGUUGCUUAAUUCUUGCAGUUUGUCACUGAUUACAAAAUUUGCACAUACCAAGUUGAGUAAAGGUAAAUAAAUACAUUGUGAAAAUAAUUGAGGAAAAACUACUAGUUUCAAUUUUUUUAAAAAAAAACCUCAUAUUCUUGGAAAUAGUUUUUGUUAAAGUGGUGCUGGAACACUGAAUAUAGCUGUUGAAGUUGUGCUGAUCCAAAUGAACGCGCAACUGGGUUUUGAGACAUGCAAGUUUAAGAAGACGGGUGUUUUGUUACCCACAGCUGUUCUGAAUUACUUAAACAGUAAUUGCUGAGUUGUGUUGGAAAGCUUUUAAACAGAGGUAAGGGAUACAGACUUACAUUGAGGAGACUGUUGUGAAUAGAAAAGAAGGCUCCUUCCAGGUGGAAAGAUGAAUGGGUGAACAACUACUUAUAAUACAUAAUA